UCUCGCUCCUCCCCAACUGAGGGACGAUGGCCAGGCCCUGGCAGGCCCCACGACCCCUGCUGGCCAUUCUGGUGACUCUGGUGGCCUUCACCUACCAAGCAGGGAAGAAAACCUUUAUAGAUAUCCAUGAAGUGUCCCCAGAGGAUAACCACGUGCCUGGCAUCUUGAACUUUACCAUCAACAAGUAUAACCAGGAAAGUGACGACGCGUACAAUUUCAGGGUCUUCCGAAUCCUGAAGAUCCAGAAGCAGAUAACUGACCAUAUGGAGUACCACUUGAACAUGGAGAUUCGGCGGACCACCUGCCGAAAGCUAGAGACGACCAACUGUAAACUCCAGCAAGGGCAGCUUUACAAGAAAUUCACGUGCAACUUCACAGUGUUUACUGUACCCUGGUUUGACGAGUAUGAAAUUCUGAAAAAAAACUGCAGCAGUAAGUAGCUACAUGUCCACAAGCACACACCUGUGCUCGCUGCAGCUG